CUCCACCCUGCUCUGGACUUCUGGACCUCUGGCCCUCUGCCUAUUUUGCUCUAAUGCACCACCUGCGCACACCUUCUUGUCCUCCCGCUCGGCUACUGCACACCGUCUGCGUCUCUGCAUCCUACCUGCUUCCCAAACCUCGUUGCCUCUUUUCUCCAGAUCUCCAUUGAACCAUCUUUCCUGCAACCCCCAAUCCAGGUGUAUGCUGUCCACCCGUCAAUAGUCAUGGCCUAAUUGCGCGUCACGAUUGUCCUUUCAAGUUCAUGUUUGAGAAGCGUUCUCCAGUUGUUCGUUUGCGAUCCCAUUGACGACGCUCUUUCGUUGCCUUCUUCCCGCGCCGGAAAGCUCAGCAGAAAAUUAGCAGCCACUUGCCAGUACCAACACUCGGGAGGCACCCAAACGUCUUGGAUUACUUGGUCCCUGCUUCCAAUCGUGCAUGCCCCCAGCAACAUCGUCCACAAUUUGGUCUUCUUGGUUGAAGAAGAAAUUGUCGGCGUGGGUAACGACUAUUCCACCUAUAGACGAUAAGGCUUGAAUCUGAGCUGGGGAGACCUCUCGUCAAGCUCGUUCUUCUCGCCCGGAGUCAUCCGACAAUCGAUUUCGUACUUGGAAUAUCCUGGAUACCAAGUAACCUCGCUGAACAGUCGGUAAAUAAACUGUGACGCUCGCGGAUUAAUCUACCGCGGCCCCGAAUCCGAGAACGGUGUCAAGAGACGGGACAUAUUUUUGGAUUUCGGUCGCUCAGGCUGCGCCUCUUAAAUCGAAAGAAACCAUUCUAGUGAUUGAUCCAGGAGGCGCGAGAAUCAAGCUCAGACCAUCGAAAACCCAACCAUCUCGGGGAGGUAUUAUCCUUUGCUUGUGAUUAGCUUUGUGCGGACGUAACUCAUCGAUCACAUACUGGUGGUUGACGCAUAUCGACCCAAGAUGAAUCAAACGCAGUCGUACCUGGAUAUGCAUCCCGGCUCACACAUGUCUUCCGGGCCUUCAUACUCCCACGCCGGUUCCACAGCGCCCUUGGGCCAUUAUCAACAGUAUCAACAACCUCCCAUUCCCGCAUCGUCACAUUACGGACCACCUCCGACCUAUGGGACUUAUGGCUAUACAAACGGUGUUACUUCUCCACAGUCCGCCACUGGUUCGGUAGCGCAGCAAGUGUCUCAGAUCACCUCACUUCCCGCUAUCAUGACUGGUGCUCCCAAUUCUCAACAUUCAUAUGUGGCUCAAACGCCGGGUUUGCCCGCUCCAAACCAGGCUUUCCCUCAACAGCAGCAACCAUUUGAUACUACCGGUCAGAUUGCCCCCCCCGGCAUGAAACCGAGGGUGACGGCGACGCUCUGGGAAGACGAAGGUAGCCUAUGCUUUCAAGUAGAGGCCAAAGGAGUCUGCGUUGCUCGCCGGGAAGAUAACCAUUUCAUCAACGGGACCAAGCUUCUCAACGUUGCUGGAAUGACCCGGGGACGCCGAGACGGCAUCUUGAAAUCUGAAAAGACCCGACACGUGGUGAAGAUCGGACCCAUGCAUCUGAAAGGAGUCUGGAUACCUUUCGAACGUGCCCUUGAUUUCGCCAACAAGGAAAAGAUUACAGAUCUCCUGUACCCUCUUUUCGUGCACAAUAUUGGCGGGCUGCUUUACAAUCCUGAAAAUGCAUCUCGGACGAAUGCUGUCGUGCAAGCAACAGAGCGACGUCGGAUGGAUAGUGUCGAUUCCACUCGUCCGUCUCAACCACAGGCGCCAUCACUCCAACAUCACAAUAGCAUGCCAGGCCCAGGCCAAGCCCCACCAACACCUCACUCCAUUGCUCCGCAUCCGAAUGCACCGCGUCCGGGCAUCGACCGUGCACAUACCUUUCCAACUCCUCCGACGAGCGCUUCGAGUGUGAUGGGGAUGAGCAGUCAAGGAACUUCGUACGACUGGGGCACCCAGGGCAUGACGAACGGCGCAGCAGGAGCACAGCCUUUAUCCAUUGACACAGGCAUGAACGCUCGUUCCAUGCCUACAACGCCCGCCACGACCCCACCUGGGACUGGUGGGCAAGGGAUGCCAACAUAUCAAGGACAGUCGGGAUACGAGAAUUCGAAGCAUUACUACAGUACUACACCCAGUUCUCAAACUAGUUACGCGCAUCAUCCAGACAGCAGCAGGUUUGGCCAGCCCAUGCAGGCGGUACCAUACGGGAAGACUGAUAUGGGUCCACCAAUCGCUCCAGGAAGCGCCAGUACUGGAGGGGAUGGGCAUGACCCCAAGCCUGAUGCAUAUACUGCUCAGAGCCACUCGUCCCAGCAUGAAAGUGACCAUCCAGACAGUGGUUACAUGAGCGCAAAUCCUUCUGCUUAUAGCACAGGCCGACAAUAUACGUACAGUGCCACUGGUGAACAUCCACACAUGUCUCCUGAGCAGAUGUCGGGCUCUCCAACGCAUCAGGCUGGCUCCGGCCACGCAACACCAAGGACCAUGCCUGCAGGUCAACCACAAUGGACAGGAGAUUACAACACUCCGCCCCGACCGCCUCCUUCCAGCAAUGUAUAUAAUGUCAUGGGCGGCCGGGACCGCACACCACAAGGCGGUCCGACCGACAGCUAUGGAAAUCCGACAUAUGCGGCCACCGGCCAUCCCGCGAGUGUGUCUUCGGUGAAACGAGGGCGAGAGGAUGAUGACCAAGACCGCCCUGGCAGCCGAGAAUACGACGCUUACGACCCGAAACGGCGCAAGACAGCACGUCAAGACACGUACAGCAUGCCCCUCAACACGCCUCCCCACAUGCAAGCCAUCAAAACCGGCGGACAGCGGUAGAAGUCUUAAUUUAGCCCGUCAAGAAGACUCUUAUCUGUGUUGGAGACGUGUGACGAGUGGAAAAAGUGGACUUGCACCUUCCGAUGGGCUCUACUUCCGAGGUAAUGCCACAUCACGAUAUAUUUCCAAAAAGCGAUUACGAGAUUUACGACGGCCUGUGCGCCAAAAAGAUUAAAGACUAACGAAUGGAACAAGCGUGCACGGUUUGCUUCCUCGCCUUUUAACGACCUUACGAAACGAUUUCCUUCGAGCGCUUGCAAAUGGCGAAAAUCACGAUUUAUUUCUGCGAUUUCCGGCCGUUUGGGGCAGGGCUGAAUUUUCAUGGGUCUAGAUGUUCUGCUUCCUUGUUGUGUAUGAGGGAACGAUAUACGCGUGGAUGGAUUAUGAUUUGGGACGGAUGAACAGCUAUGAUUCUGAAGGGCGCCCGAUGAUAUGUUUUCUUGGCUGCGGGAACGAGAGCAAGACUACAUGCGGCUGCUGGGCCUUGCCAAUGACCUGUACAACUGAGAGAGUCCCAUUAAUUUUCAUGGGUCAAGGAUUGGGACUGCCCUCGGGUGUGCAGUGGUAGAGGUCAGGCGCUGUAGGGACAAUGGCUCCUGUCUUCUCCAAUCUUGGGACUUCCACUCAUGACAUGUCGAAUACAAUAAAAGCUCUAUUUAUAAUCA